GCGAGUGUCUCUCUGCUUGGGCAUCUGCACCUGGAUCGGGAUAUAAAAGCCUGGCAGGAUGGGGGCACCUGAACACUGGAGCUGCGACCUCAGCCUCCUCCUUUCCCUCAUAGUGAUAGUGUCUGCGGUGUCUGCAGCUGAUCCUUUUGACUCCCAAUUGGGAGACAUCACAUCCUGCAGCAAGCAGUGUCAGCUUAUCUUCCAGCAGCAGAGCUCAGCCCAAGAUGCUGUCAUUGCUGCCUGUUCUAGGGGCUGCAGGCUGUUCUCCAUCUGUCGCUUUGUGGAUGUCACUGCUGAACUCAACACCACCAGAGCUGAAUGCGAGUCAGCCUGCGUUGAAGCCUAUGCCAAAGCUGAUGAACAAUAUGGAUGUAUCAUUGGCUGCAGAAAACAGCUGCCUGAAGUUGAAAACCAAAAAGAAAAGAUGCUGGAUCUCCGGCUUCCUUCAUAUUUUUCUGUGUUUGACCUCAUAUCUGGCUUCUGCAGUGACAUUGUCAGCUCAGCUCAGAGUUUUAUCUCUUCUACUUGGACCUUCUACCUACAGGCAGAUGAUGGAAAGGUGGUUGUUUUCCAGUCUCAGCCAGAAAUUGAUUUUCCAACUUUAGAGCUGCAAGCUCCACGAUCAGAUGUCACAGAGAAAGCAUGGACCUUAUCCAAAAUUAAGCCACAUACAGGCCUACGAGACAGGACAGAGAAAGUGCAACGGAAGGAGUCCAAGAUGAAACAUAAAUUGCCUCAUAUGGAGGCCCCACAAUCAGAGCAUGAUUUCUUAGGCUGCAUGUCCAAGCGCUCUGGAUUGCCACGCUGGAUCUUGGCUGCUUGCCUCUUCCUCUCUAUCAUUGUGAUGUUGUGGCUUAGCUGUGCAAGUCUGGUGACUGCUCCUGAUCAGCACAUAAAGGCACAGGCCCUGAGUAUAAAUGGAGACAAGGAGUACCUUGAAGAUAUUGAGAAACCUGCCCCCUUUCCACUCCAGCCUGUUGUUGCUGUUACUAUUUGCCCUACAGAAGAAAGCGAGGAGGCAGGACCUCUCCCUGUCAAAGUCGACAUGGACAAAACCAUCAUUUAAGACAAUCUCUGAUAAACCUGUAGUGCUAUGGGUGUGUUUGUGUGUGCACCACAAUGCAUUGUAUGCUCCUGUAGCAUUAGAGGGGGUAAUUGUCUUGUUUUACUGGUCUCUUUUGCUUCCUUUUGUUGCAAAGCAUCAAGGUGGUUUGUCAGCAACCGAAAAACAAACCACAAAUGAUCAAAUCCUUGUGGUAUUUUCUUAAGAAAGUGAAAGGCUGCAGUUAUUGUACUGGUUGCUUAUGUUGACUUGAUUUUUCGAUCACUUAGGUCCAGGGAGCCAAUAAGUUACAGUGCUUCAGUAACAACUCCUAGAGCCCAAGUGAAAAUGUGCUAAGACUGUUUCUAUAACUGUAAUCUUCUCUUAAGGCAAUGUUCUACUGUGUCUUCUUUAUGGGUAAGAAGACAAACUACAGGAGGCACACAACUUUGUAUAAUGUUAUCUACAAGCUAAAGCUAUGAAGCAUGUCCAUGUUGAUCCAUUCAGAAGUAUCACAGGCUUUACACUAAUCUGUAAGUGUGUAUAAGUUCCCCCUAUACUGGGUGUUUUUAUAAAUACCUACGUACAUUAGGUAUUCCAUUACAGUAACGUCUUUGGUGAUACAUGCUUAGGUAUUAAUUUUGUAUGUAAAAUAUUAUUCAUCAAAAGCGUGUGCUUUAUACUUAAUGAAUGGGUCUUUAAAGUCAGGGAAUGUUAACAAGCUCUUAUUUAUACUGUGUAGUCAGAAAGGUUGCUUAAUUACUCUUCUUCUUGAACUAUAGCCUGAGUAGUUUCAAUUAUUAAAAGACUGAUUUGGGAAAUUGUGGGCUAAUAAACAAUGUGGCAUGUUAACGAAAACUGCCUAACUCUCCUAUAUCAUUGCAGGCUUAUUGAAAUGGACAUCUAAUUCUUCUAGAGAUGUUCUGAAAUUAAGGGCAAGGUGUUCAAAAGUGGAGUCGGCGUAAAGAUAUUGCUAAGUGACAACUUCUGUAGUAAUCAGUGGAUAGGUGUAUCUAAUGCUGUUCAAGUGCCAGUCUACAUGAUUUACAAACUUGUGUAACUAUAGCAUAUCCCCCCCAGUAUACACUAGUCUAGACACAUUUACUAACAUUAUCAUUGCUUUAACCUUUACCCCAUAGCUUAAAGACAAUCUCAUUAAAGGGACACUCAUGGGAAAAUGAUUGUAUAUAGAAAGUUGUACAGUGUUCUAUAUGAACAGUUGGGGGGCUGCAUCGUAAUAUAAAAAUGACUUACAUACUUCUGUCUUUGGUACAUAUGAUGGGAUCCAAUACAAGGAAAUUUCACUAGAGCCAAAUUAUCAUUAUAACAUUUUAUUAUUUAAUCUCAUAGACAUCCAUUUGGGAUAACUGCUGCCAGAAUAGUGUAGCGUAUAGGGAUGCACGGAAUCCACUAUUUUCGGAUUUGGCCAAACCCCGAAUCCUUUGUAAAGGAAUAUGUAAAUUAGGGUUUAGAUUUGGCCAAAUCCUUAAGGGAUUAAAGAAAAAUGUUCAGCUUCCGUGUUUAUGUGACAAAAAGUCACAUGAUUUUAAGGAUUCCGAUUCGGUUCGGCCAGGAGCGUGGAUUUGCCCAAAUCCAAAUCCUGCUGAUAAAGGCUGAAUCUUGGGCAAAUCCCAUACUGGAUUCAGUGCAUACCUAGUAGCCAAAGCCCUUGGUCUUCUCUGUGCUUCUGUAUAAGAUCAGUUUGUUUGUGAGGAAUCUGUCUUGUAGUAAAAGCGACGAGAGAGGACCUAUUUGUGCUUAGUGACUUUGCUGGAGACUGAUGGAAGUGGAUACAAUGCAUGGCAAUUGUGAGGGUUACAUUUAUCCAUAUUUUAAGUGAUUCUAAGUGCAUUCUAAAACAUUUCACCCAGUCUGGAUGUAGCUAUUAAAAAUUGCAUUUUUUUUAAUAAAAGACAUUGGCCAUGAA